AUGUUCGACCUCAACGUGCCGUGGCCCGUGCAGCAAUAUGCACCUGCGUCAGACGCCCAAAUCGCCACUGUACGCAACACCAUCGCCAUGCUCUAUACGCUUGGCUACCGGUACAUAGCGCUCAACUUCAUUGCUGCGGAGAGUGUCAAGCUUCCACUCACCAGCGCCCGCGAACUCAACCCGAUUCCCAUCGACGAGCUUCGGCGGCAGCUUGCCCUGUUCGAAGGUCUCCGCUUGUUCUCUAGAAUCACGCUUGUGGUGCUGGACCCGGCUAAAACGCAAAGUCUUCUGAAGCUCAGUGCAGCCGCGUGUUUCGACCUCAUAGCGGUGCAGCCCACGACAGAAAAGGCGCUUCAAGUGGCUGCUGCAAAUCUUGAUGUGGACCUCAUCAGCUUGCCUAUGGCCACACGGUUGCCGUUUUUUUUGAAACAUAAGUGUGUUGGGCUGGCGUUGCUGCGGGGCGUCAAGUUCGAGGUGUGCUACUCAGGCUUGGUCGCUGGCCCUGCGGGGUGCGAGUCGCUGCUGGCUUUGGGCACCACAGCCCACCUCAGCCGGCGCACUUUCUUUGGCAACUGUAUUCAGCUCGUGCGGGCGUCACGCGGCCGCGGGCUUGUCUUUCUGAGCGGAGCCACCGAGCCUCUUCAUGGGCGCAACUACGUGGACAUUUUGGGCGUGAUGCGCGAGCUCGGCUUGAAGAACUCCAACAGCAAGGAUGGUUUCUUUGCUAAUGCAGAGGCAGCUUUGGUUAGUGGCCGCUUGCGUAAUCGCUCUCAUAAGCAAACAGUGGCAGUGGGAUCGGGCGGUAAAACAGCCACUGAAAUGCUCAUCGGCGAACCGGCGAAGAGGAGUGCUGACAGUGAGGGUGAUUCUAAGAAAAAACGGCCAAAACCAGAGACACAGACGAAAAGGGCCGAAGUUGCAAGUUAG